ACAUUCUAAAGGAAAUUGAUGAACCUGCAAUGAUUCCACAUAUAGCUGAAGCCAGCUCCCGCAAGUAUCCUUAUGAAGUCUUAUUUAGGAGCUUGCACAAGCUGCUUAUGGAUACUGCUAGUUCUGAGUAUCUUUUCUGUGAUGAUUUCUUUGGGAAAGAAUCAAUAUUUUAUGAAAUAUUUGCAGGUCCAUUUGUGGUAAUUGAUGAACACUUUAAUUCAAUCCUUCCAAAUUGUUUUGAUGCAAUUGGACUAAUGCUUAUGAUUCGCAUUAUACACCAGCACCAGAUCAUUAUGUCUCGAAGGCGGAUUCCUUGCUUGGAUUCAUAUUUAGAUAAGGUUCAUCUUUGUCUACCUGGAUUCGGUGUGAUUUAAGUUUGCAAUCGGUGUUUUCCUGUAUACCUGAAACUUCUUGGAAUACACCUAUUCGAUACAGUGUUGUGUUGGUUUUGUCCCAUUUUUCUUUUAAAAUGGUACGUUUCGGAGGUACUGGCUGGUACGGAACGAAAUCUACAACGCUGCUAUGGACUCACGCUUCUCCUCUAUGGACCCAUGCAUCUCCUCUGUGUUUGAAGUGUGUCCAAUUCUAAAAUAAUUUGACUCAUUUGGAUGUGGUUUGACAUGUGUCGGAUGGUGUUUGAUGAAUGUGUCAGUGUUUAAAACAAACACGACCAAAGAUGACACCUUAGAAAUGUUGUCCUUGUUAGAUGAUCACGUUUGUUAGGACUUCCUGAUUUAUUUGUUGAAAAAAAAGAGAGUUUUUGGAAAAGGUGGGGAAAGUGGGUCCUUUUUUAUAUUUCUGUUGUGAAAUUUUCAAUUAAUGGGGUAGAUGGUGUUUGAUAACCCAACUUAGCACCUAAACCUGAAUAUAUUAAGUGAAAAUCAAGUCUGUUUGAUAAUCACGAUUCGUUAAUUUUAAGUGACUUGAAAAAUAAAGGGUAAAAGUUAAGAAAAUUUUAAAUAGCAUGAUUCUUACUUAAUGUUGAUUGAUUUUGUAACUGUUUAUGCAUAAGUAUUAGUGUGUAUCGUUAUGACCUCACCACCACUGUCAUCACCACUCUUACACCCCCUACUAUCACCACUACCCCCACCACCACAAUCCUCUACUGCCAUCAUUACGACACCACUCAUGGCUAUUGCCAUUGCCACCACCACUAUCAUCACCUCUCCACCACAACUACUACAACCCUCCACAUCCACCACCGACACUGCUACUAUAGUCACAAACAUCAUUCCACCACCACAAUCACCACUAUGAAUACAACACCACCAACCACCAUCUUCCCUCUACCUCCAAUACACCGCCCCUCCACCAUCAUUGGAACCAUUCUCUCCACCUCCACCACCAUUGCCAUUAGCGCCACAGCAACCACCGCUACCAUUGUUGACACCACCACCACACCACCACAAUGUAAAAAUUAAAAAGAAAAUUUGAAAAUAAUAUAUUUCAAAUUUCAUGUUUUACAUGUUAUACAGCUUGUUUUAGUUCAAUCACUUAAAUUUAUAUCAAACAAGUUUUUAGUUUAAAAAUUCAACAUUUAGUGUUCAGUACUUAAUUUUUAGUUUUUAGUUUUCAGUUUUAUCAAAUACCACCGUAGCUACAUGCUUUUUUGAGUAUAGGGAUUUGAGGCAAAGUGACUCUCUUUGUUCUUUUAUCAUUGUUAUGGAGGUGCUUAUUGGAAUGAUGCGGAGGGUAGUCACUAAUGGCCCUGUUUGCUACAACUAAUUGAAGUUGCUUAUAUACAUUUAUUUUGUGAGGGUGUUUGGUGUAACUUCUUUUUAUAGCGUAUGAGACAAAAAUAGCUUAAAUAAAUUGAAAAAGAGAUCCCCCUCUUUUUCGUGUGUUGAAAGUAGAGCUAAUGGAGCCUAGAAAACCAAGAAUAUUUAAUAAAAGCCGGGUAUGUAGGUCCUGUCACGAUUAUGUAGAAGCUAGAGGAGGAGUGCUUUUAGUAUUUGCUUUUUAAUUAUUAGUUUUCAGCUUGAGAAAAGCUGCUCCAAUGAUCGAUUGACUGCAAUUGAAUUCGGUCAUAGAGGGAGCAUGAUGGUGUCUGUGACACUUAUUAUUUGUGGAUGAUACCAUUAUUUUAUGUGGAGCAUAAGCUAGUAGUUGAGAAUUUUGAGACACGUUUUCCUUUGUUUUAAGUUGAUGCCAGGUCUUCAUAUUAGCUUGCUAAAAGUGAGCUCAUUCUUGUAUGGGAGGUGGUAGAUGUGGAGAUUUUGGUGGCUAAUCUUGGAUGUGAGUAGGGUUUUUGUCUUUAACUUGUUUGGGCUACGAUGGGAUCAUCCUCUAAAGCUAAGAAAGUUUGGAAUGUGGUGGACUGAUGACGUUUUACCAGAUCGCUAUGGUCUUGUUAUGACUUUAGGGGCUUACAGUAGUGGACUGUUGGAUUUUGUCCCCUGCAAGUGUGGUAUGGACACUUAUUUUCCGGAGACCUUUGCGGGACUGUGGGAUGGAGUUGGUGGAGGUGUUUUUUUGGGAUGCUACAAGAGAGCCUGGUUCAGGUAGGGUUGAAGAUAAUUUAGUUGGGAGAGGUUCUACGAGUGGCAUGUUUUUUAUGGCCUCUUUUUAUUGAAACCUUGUUGGGGUUGGGGAUAUGCUUCUUUCCCAUGGAGAGGGAUUCGGAAAUCAAAGGCUCACUCCAAGGUUGGCAUUCUUGCAUGGAAUAGCUGCUCCUGAAGCUUUACUUAACGACUGACGAGGAAGAGAGGAAAAGUCAUGUUGGACUGGUGUUGCUUGUGCAAGAAUGAUGGAGAAAGUGUCAAUCAUCUGCUUCUGCAGUAAUCACUUGUCAGAGAGAUUUGGGGUAUGGUGUACUAUGCUUUUGGAGUUAUAUGGGUGAGGCCUAGUUCAGUUGGGAACAAUUUGCUUCUUGAAGUAGGGGUUAUCAUUGUACUGAUAGGAAGGUUCAAGAGGCUUCUCCAUUAUAUGCCUAAUGUGGUGUUUGUGGAGAGAGAGAAAUAGA